AUGACUUCAGGUAAAUUCGCAAACAGAUAUAUUUUGGCUUUGGCCACCGGGCUGACUGGUUUGUACAUCUAUGAUGUGCAAUACAAUCACGGCCGCAACGUUGAUCAAUUGGGGCUGUACAAUUGGAACCCUCCUCCAAAGGUGGAGGUUUACAGUGAUUCGGCCUACAACGCUGGAGUUCAGAAGGCUGAGGAGUUCAAGAAUUCGGCCAGCUCGUGGAUUAACGAGAAGAAUUCCAACAUUCAGGAGAAUGCUCAGCAGGCCGGUAGCCAAAUAAAGGAUUCUGUCAACUCGGCAGGUUCUGGUGUGAUUGACCGUCUGGAGAGCUCGAAAGAUAGAUUUAGUUCAUUCUUUGGCUCGUCCAAGGAAUCUGCUCAGAGCGCCUAUGCUUCUGCGUGGGAGAAGUACUACGAGGCGGAGGACAAGGCCUCUAAACACAAGAAGGGGUGGCUCCAAUGGGGUGAGUCUAAAAAAGACGACUCCAACAAGGAAUUGGAAGCCGCAAAGAAGAAUUUGGACAGUGCACGUGACAACCUGUCAAAGUACGGCUCGGACGUGUUGAAGGACACUGAGCAGCGUCUGAACGAGUGGUCCAAGAACGUGAAGCAGAGAGGUUCCGAGGCCUUGGAGGCCGGACAGAAGAACGUGGAGAAGUUUACCGACAAUUUCCGUGGCCAGCUCUCCGAUAAGGACAUUGCCAAGGAGGCCGACAGGGCCAUCGCAGGCUUUGGCCAGCUGGCCGGCGAGGUUGCGAACGAGCACAUCGGUGCUCUGAGCGAUAAGACCGGUCUGUUUGCUGCCAAGACCAAGGAGUCUGCCCAGAAAUUGUACGAUUAUUACGAUGAACAGUCCAAGCAGGCCAAGAAGCAGUACGACGAGACCCAGAGCAGCUGGUUGAGAUGGAGAAAGGCCAAGUCUCAGGAGGCUCAGGAUGCUGCUAAGAAGCAGUACGAAGAAGUGUUAAAGCAGAAAGAUCAGGCACAGAAUAACCUCAACAACUACCUUAACCAGGUCAACGAAAACGUCAAGGACGGCAGCUCCAAGCUGAUCCAACAGACAAAACAAGGCCUCAGCAACUCUAACGACCAGGCCCAGAGCUGGCUUUCCAAGCUCAACGGAUGGGUUCGUGGAAACUAA